AUGUUAAAAUAGUCCAGUCGCUAUCAUUUCGAGGCACUUCUGUGGAAUUUAAGGACUUAAGCAUAAGUUUGGAAGAAGGCGAAGGAACUUUGAGAAGCUGCGCUUUUACCAGAAACCGCACAAAAAAGAAGAAGAAGAAAACUAUGGCGCUCAGAGCGAGAGCUUUAUACGACUUCGUUUCUGAAAAUCCAGGAGAGAUUUGUGUGGUGGAAAACGAGAUUUUAACUUUAUACAGCGAAGAUGUAGUGGACGGAUGGUUAGAAGGUACAAACAGCCGAGGAGAGUCGGGACUCUUCCCCGCGUCGUACGUCGAGAUCUUAAGAACCGAAGAAGGAUUUUCAGUACAAGGCAACGGGACUGCUGGAAACAUCUACAACCCCAGAACCGGAAGUGAGUAUGCCUACCAAGUGAGAGGGGACACGUCAAGCGAGUCCACCCCUCAGAGACACGGUUAUCCGACAAGCCAAGGCAGCGAUGACGACUGGGACGACGACUGGGACGACAACCCGACGGCGACCACGACGGCGAUGACGACUCACGACUCCAGUGUACAUCAGCACAAACAUCAACCCAGUCGCGCCAACUCGGUGUCUUCACGUGGCAGCGGUGGUCAGCAAGCCCGAAGCUCAGCGACGGUUGGGAAAAACCUCAACAGGUUUUCCACCUUCGUGAAAUCAGGAGGCGAGGCGUUUGUUUUGGGCGAGGCGUCCGGAUUGGUCAGGGAUAGCGAUCAAAUCUGCGUGGUCAUGGGUCCGUUCGGUCCCGAGUGGCAAGAGAGCCCGCGUCCUUUCAUGUGCACCAUCGACGAACCUACCAAACAGACCAAAUUCAAGGGGAUGAAGAGUUACAUGUCGUACGGCCUUACGCCCAGCCACACGCAAAACCCCGUGAACCGCCGCUACAAACAUUUUGACUGGCUGUACGCGCGCCUCGUAGAACGCUUCCCGGUCAUCUCCGUUCCCCACCUUCCCGAGAAGCAGGCCACGGGUCGCUUCGAGGAGGACUUCAUUUGCAAGCGCAGGAAGGGUCUGAUCUGGUGGAUGAACCACAUGACGAGCCACCCGGUUUUAUCCAGGUGCGACGUCUUCCAGCACUUCCUGACCUGCAGUAGCAGCGACGAGAAAGCCUGGAAGCAGGGGAAGCGCAAGGCCGAGAAAGAUCACCUGGUGGGCGCCAACUUCUUCCUCACCAUCGUCCCGCCGGCCUCCCCGCUCGACCUCCAAGAGGUGGAAAGCAAAGUGGACGGCUUCAAGACGUUCACCAAAAAGAUGGACGAGAACAUCGUGCAAGUCAACGUCACCAUCGGCGAGUUCGCCAGGAAGCAGAUGUCCGGAUUUAAAAAGGAGUAUCAAAAAGUUGGACAGGCCUUUCGGUUGCUCGGGCAGGCCUUCGAAUUGGACCAGCAGGUGUAUUCGGUCGAGCUGAACCAAGCGAUGGCGUUCACCGGGGCUGCCUACGAGACCAUUGGGGACUAUUUUGCCGAACAACCUCGCCAGGACCUGGAUCCGGUGUCGGAUCUUUUAGCGAUUUACCAGGGACAUCUAGCAAACUUCCCAGACAUCAUCCACGUUCAGAAAGGUGCUCUGACCAAAGCGAAGGAGAGCCAGAAGGACAAAGACGUCCCGGCGGCGCACGACAUCCACGAGCGCUGCAACAUCAUUUCCUGUGCCACGCUGGCCGAGAUCCAGCACUUCCACCGCACCCGAGUACGCGACUUCAAGGCCCAGAUGCAGCACUACCUCCUGCAGCAGAUCUCCUUCUUCCAGAGGAUUACAGCCAAACUGGAGGAAGCGCUGCACAUGGAACUCAGGGCACGAGGCGGGGGGACGCCCCGGACGGUGUGCCAACCCAUCGCAGGGCACAGUCACACACACAGGAGCUCGUCCAUCGAUUUCGACGAAGACCAAAGUUUCCAUUUCCGACUCCAUUAUGGAGAACACAAACUGGAACUGGACUUGAGCGUGAAUUGGAUUAUAGUGAGGAAGACUUGCGCAGCAUCGGCCGCACUCUCACGUCCCGGUGACCGCCAUGAUCCAGUGGCAAGACUGAGUCAAGACGACUGAAGACGGCCCUCGGGCGCAGUAACUCAUACACCCAUUCAUACACUACGGACACUUUGGAAACGCCAAUCAGGAGUACCUGGAGGAAACCCCUGAAGCACAGGGAGAACAUGCAAACUCUGUGCAGGCAGGACGGAGGAGGGAAUCGAACCCCCAACCCUGGAGGUGCGAGGUAAAUGUGAGAGUUUGUGGGAAAUAGGGCAAUAGAGAGGAGGAAUGAGGAAUAGAGGAGGAAUGAGGAAUACAGGAAUAGAGAGGAGGAAUGAGGAAUAGAGAGGAGGAAUAGAGAGGAGGAAUGAGGAAUAGAGGAAUAGAGAGGAGGAAUGAGGAAUAGAGAGGAGGAAUAGAGA